GGAUUUUGUUUUGGGUACGUUGGUACUGUUGGUAGAACUGUAGCGUAAUUUUAACCCAACUAUUGUUUACCGGUGCUUUUUUUUGUAUUCGGUUAAUUUUCGGCUUUUGCACCGUAAUUUUGAAAGUUCUUUACCAACAGGCGUAAUAUACGGUAGAAGUAGAUAACAGUCGUUUACAAGAUGGAUAUUCGACCAAAUAAUACCAUUUAUAUCAACAAUUUAAACGAAAAAGUUAAAAAAGAUGAACUGAAGAAGUCUCUAUAUGCCAUAUUUUCCCAAUUCGGUCAAAUCCUAGACAUUGUUGCUUUGAAAACUCUGAAAAUGAAGGGACAAGCUUUCGUUAUCUUUAAGGAGAUUCAAAGUGCAACAAAUGCUUUACGUUCAAUGCAAGGAUUCCCUUUUUACGAUAAGCCAAUGCGAAUACAGUACUCCAAAUCCGAUUCCGAUCUAAUAGCACGAAUGAAAGGCACUUAUACGGAACGACCGAAAAAGAUUCGUCCACCUCCAGUUAAGGGCGAGGACGAGGCGCCCAAAAAGAAAAAGAAGAACAAGGACCCUAACCGAAUACCUGGUGGAAGUAAUGCUGAGCAGCCGCCGAAUCAAAUUCUAUUCUUAACCAAUCUACCUGACGAAACCAGCGAAAUGAUGCUGUCGAUGCUUUUCAACCAAUUUCCCGGGUUUAAGGAGGUUCGUCUCGUUCCCAACCGGCACGAUAUUGCUUUUGUGGAAUUCGAAAAUGAGAUGCAGUCGGGUUCGUCAAAGGACGCGUUGCAGGGCUUCAAAAUUACACCUACGCACGCUAUGAAAAUAACGUUUGCUAAGAAAUAAGUUCGUGUGUACGGCGUGGAGGAAUACAAUUUUAAUUUUGUAAUAUUAAUUAGGAUGUAAUAUUUUUCAAUUGAUAGGAAUUUAUGUUGCACAUGAAUAAGAAUAAACAGGACAGCCUUUUGUAUAUG